AUGGAUCUUCAUAAUGGGACCACAGUGCAGGAAUUUAUUCUGCUGGGCUUCAGAGUUGGGCAACAGGGGCGCCUUCUUCUCCUGACCUUCUUCACAGCUGCCUACACCCUGACUUUGGCUGAGAACUUCAUCAUCAUCAUGCUAGUAACUCAAGAUGCUCACUUGUCCCAUCUCCCCAUGUACAUCCUGCUGAGCAACUUCUCAUGGCUGGAAAUAUGUUAUGUAAGUUCCACUAUGCCACGGAUACUCUUUGACCUAUCCUUCCCAGGUGGUGUCAUCUCCUUCCAUGCCUGCUUCCUCCAGUUUUACGUCUUCUUCUCACUUGGCACCAGUGAAUGCUUCUUCCUCUCAGCCAUGGCCCUAGAUCGCUAUCUGGCCAUCUGCCAUCCACUGCGCUACCCACAAAUUAUGACCCCAAAUUUCUGCUAUGUCCUAGUGGCUGCUUGUUGGGCCAUUGGCUUCCUAUGGUAUGUUGUGCCGGUGUUUUUGAUCUCCAGGUUGUCCUUCUGUGGUUCGAACACGAUUGAUCACUUUGCGUGUGACUCUGCUGAACUCCUGGCCUUGGCCUGCCCCCCACUGGGGUACCUCCCCCUCUUCUGCUACAUCAUCACUUCUUUUCUAAUUCUGGCUACCUUUCUGUUCAUUGCGGUCUCAUAUGUAGGUAUAGUUUUCACCCUGGUGAAAACAUCUAGCCAAAGCAGUGGUAUCAAGGGCUUUUCUACAGUCUCUUCCCAUCUAGCUGUUGUGACACUCUUCUAUGGGUCUGUAGCUGCUAUGUAUAUAGGACACAGUGGAGAAAGUCAUACUGAGAACACUAAAAUGAUCACUCUCUUCUACUCUGAGGUUGCCCCUUUGCUUAACCCCCUGAUCUACUGUCUCAGGAAUGAUCAGGUGAAGCAAGCACUUGUCAAGUUUUUGAGAAAGAAGGGGUUAAUUUAG